CCCAGCUGUGCCCUCCCUCCGGCUCCCAGCCCGGGGUGGCAGGCCGGGCGCCAUGGCCGAGCUGGGCGCUGUGGCCGGGUUGAAAGAGGAGCUGACCUGCCCCAUCUGCCUGAACAUUUACAGCAACCCCGUGUCGCUGAGCUGCGGUCACAGCUUCUGCCAGGUGUGCGUCCAGGAGGCGCACAGCCGCCGGCAGUGCCCGCAGGGCCCCUUCAGCUGCCCGCUCUGCCAAGCCCAAGCAGACGGCGCCACGGAGCUGCAGCCCAACGUCCAGCUCCGCAGCAUCGUGCAGAAGUUCUUGGAUGCUCCCGCUCCGCAAGAGGAGGAAGAGCGUGAUGUGCAAUGCCAAGGGAAGGGGGAAAGUUCUGGCCAGCAAAACAAGGCGAUCCUGUGCGAUUUCUGCCUCGAGGAGCCCCAGCCAGCUGCAAAGACCUGCCUGAGCUGCGAGGCCUCCCUGUGCCAAGCCCACCUGCGCAAGCACAAUGCAAAGAGCCCCCUGAAAGACCACGUCCUGAUGGAGCCCUGCAGUGCUCAGUUUUUGGCUGAGAGGAGAUGCCCCCUGCACGGCAAGCUGCUGGAGUGCUAUUGCGAGACAGACACAGCCUGCGUCUGCAUGCUGUGCUGUGUCAUGAGCUCCCACAAGGACCACAAGAUCACCACUUUGGAGGAGGCUUUUGGCCAAGCGAAGAGUGUUUUUUCUGAAACUCUGGAAAUGGUGAAAACACAGGAAGCUGCACUGAAUGAAAGCAUAGCAAACCUGCUGAAACAAGAGGAGGAAGUAAAGACUAAGGAGCACCUGCAGAAGAAUCAGCUGCUGAGCCUCUUCAAAGAGAUGCACCUGCAACUUGAUAAAAAAAAAGGAGAAUUCAUGAAAGCUCUCAGUCACAAUGAGGAUCAACAGCUUUCUCGGAUUCAGGCAGAGAUAAAAAAACACAAGGAGGGGAAGGAUGCAGCCAGCCAUGACAUAAAGGAGCUGGAGACUCUAGGGGAUCAGAAAGACCUACUUCUUUUUGUCAAGGCUUUUGCAGCUAUUCGAACCAGGGAACACAAGCUAGUUCCAAACAAAGACGGUGUAAAACUGCCAGUGACGCCUGUUAUUUUGGAUGAAUUCACAAGAGACGCUACUCUAAGGUUUUUCCAGAAAUUCCUCUCAGACAUGCAGUGCUUAUUUAAAGCACUACCUGUUCAUGAACAUCUGACUUUUUCAAUGCGUCGAGGAACUGGAAUUAUUUACUGUGGCAAGGAAAUCCAUUCAUCCUCACUCAAGUCUUUCCAAGUUCGGGUACCAAAAACGCCCGGUGCCAUCCCAUACGUUGCAAGCGACCAGAGCUUCUCAGAGGGCUGUCACUUCUGGGAGGUAGACACCAGCAAUGCGAAGUGCUGGAGGCUUGGAAUCAUUAGUUACAGAUCUGAGUGUUACCUGCAAAUGUCUCAUAAUUACCUGCAUGUGUUCCAAGGUCAAACAAUGAUCAAAGGAAAGGAAUUUCCUACAGGCCUCAAAGUGGUCAGGGUAGAGCUAGACUGUGGAAGAAAUACACUGUCAUUUUAUAACAUGUCUGUCAAGGAUGGAGAUCCUGCUGAGAACCUCAGCCUUAUAGAGACAGUAAGCAUCACUGUGACCAAUUCUGCGCAUGCUACCUUUGGCAUGUCUGAUGGCUCUUUGAAGCUCCUGUAGUGGUGUGGGGACACGGUGCUGUUUUGUGUUUCCAGGCCUAGGUAUCGAGACUGCUGCUACACAGAGGCUGUGUUAAGUUGGCAUAUUAGAAAUCAGAUUUUUGGGCUGCUGUGAAGGCUCACCUGUGUGAGGGCAAGGUGUCUGCAGGGUAUAUCACAGCACACUGCUGCUUACUGCAGGAGCUCCUAUCUUAUUUGUUCUGUUAAUGGUGAUGGAAAUACUGCUAAGUUGUGCUUUUUUGCUUGGCUGUAUGAAAUGCUGUGUUGGCUGCAUGUUAUUAAAGUAAUUUAGUUGCAAA